AUGGAAGCUGCAUUAAGCACUGCACUUGCCCUUUCACCCAACCAAGUAUUCAAUGCAUUAAAUCCUGGAGAUAAAAAUUUUGCUUUGAAAUAUUGCAAAGAUCGGAGUGUUGUAAUGACAGUGGUAGCCACUGGAAUAUUAGGAAAAGGUGGAGGGUUGGUGGAGAGGCCAACCAUAGAGACAACAAAACCUGGUCGGGAAUCUGAAUUUGACGUAAGGAAAUCUAGGAAAACAUCCCCACCAUACCGAGUUUUGCUGCACAAUGACAACUUCAACAAGCGAGAAUAUGUCGUGCAAGUGUUGAUGAAGGUGAUACCGGGAAUGACAAUUGAUAAUGCAGUUAACAUCAUGCAGGAGGCACAUCAUAAUGGACUAGCAGUGGUGAUCGUUUGUGGUCAAGUGGAUGCUGAAGACCACUGCAUGCAGUUGAGAGGAAACGGCCUUUUAAGUUCAAUCGAGCCAGCUGAUGGUGGUGGUUGUUGA